AUGAGACCAAAUUUUCGGUUGCAGGAUGCACUCAAGCAAUUAUGGAGACUAGCUUAUCCUGAUAGGGAUCUCCCACCUCUUAAAUCAGAGCUUUGGAAAGAGAUGGGAUGGCAAGGACCCGAUCCCUCAACAGAUUUCAGGGGUGGAGGAUUUAUAUCAUUGGAGAAUCUUAUCUUUUUUGCCAAGAUGUAUCCGAACACAGCAGUUACUUUGGAGAAUCAUGUAGUAGAUAUUGGUGGAGACAUUGUAACCAAUGGAUUCCACUCUGGGUUUAUUCUGAACCUCUCCCUCGCCCUUCCUCUUGUUUCUGAUUUUGGGUCACGCGGUGCACUUGAUGCAGAUCAGAAAAAAGAGGCUACCUGUGAGCAGGAAAUAGUAGCUGGCUCUUUGCUCUUCUUCAACCAAUGCGGAUACCAAAUCUUAUGUCUUGGAAAGAGGCGACACAGUAGGGAAUCUGAGCCACUUUAUAGGUUUCUAUUAGAUUCUAUGCCAUCUGAAGGCAUCAUAAUUGUGUCUGAUUACUUGGCACAGUUUUUAAGCAGCCAGGCUUGCUCUAGUCUUUUGAGAUUCCAUUAUGUGCCCUUGUUUCCUCUAGUUUUAGCUCAGUCCAGUUCUGAACUUUUUCAGAUAUCUCACUGCUCUCUCUUGCUGCAUGUUUGUGUUUGUGGCUUUUUUGGCGGGCACAUAUUGACACCUGAAGCAUUCUGGAGCUUGCUGCACAAAAUAGAUGGAAACAGAGCUGAGUGGGAGUAUCCCUUUGCUGUAGCUGGCAUUAAUAUAUCUUUUAUGUUGGUGCAGAUGUUGGAUCUUCAAUCAGGGCAGCCCACUUCUUUGGCAGGAAUCCGCUUCUUAGAAAUACUGAACGAGGAUGAAAUGGCUUUUGACAACCUUUACUGCAUUGCCUUUCAAAUGAUGGAUGUACAGUGGCUUGCAAAGCAUGCUUCAUACAUGGAAUUUAAUGAUGUUCUGAAGUCCACAAGAACCCAAUUAGAGCGUGAGCUUGCACUUGAAGAUAUUUCCAGUGUGAAAGAUUUACCAGCAUACAAUCUGUUGAAAAGAUAA